CAUUCAAGUGUCCAAGUUUUGUCGAAGCGGUCAUACAAAACGGCAGUCGGACGGUUUCUCGCUCGCAGUUUACUCUCUCUCGCUCUUCCGUUGGCGUUCCGUUCGGCUCUCUGCCUACGCUUGUGUUGGUGGCUGGUGGAGCGGCCGGGGAGAAACACAGAAUGCGGCUGGGCGGUCAGUAGAGCGCCUACACGCCUAUAAAAAGACUUCGCCCGCCCCGGGCACUGUGGAACAGAGGUUUUGUGUUUUCGAAUAACCGUUAGCUGAGCCAGCCAGUAUACCGUUAACAGGAUGAAGGACACGAAAGCGGCGCGCACAAUUAGCGAGUCCUCAACCACAUCCGAUAACACCUCCGACUUCAUCGAUAACGUGAAGCGGUACGACGUGGUCUACAACAACCACAAUCCGGACUACAAGAACGUGGAAGUGAAGUGGGCUCUCAGUGGAAGCAUCAAAGCGAAAAUGGAAGAAUUUACGCGACAGUUACACAAAAUAUCUGCGCUCCUUUCGAGUGGGUACCAAAACCUCCAAGAAAUACCAGUAUUGGGCCCAUGCCGAUCACAUGGAGUUCCUUAAGACCUUCCAGGGACCUGGCAGAAGCAUCAAAGCGAAAAUGGAAGAAUGUACGCGACAGUUACACAAAAUAUCUGCGCUCCUUUCGAGUGGGUACCAAAACCUCCAAGAAAUACCAGUAUUGGGCCCAUGCCGAUCACAUGGAGUUCCUUAAGACCUUCCAGGGACCUGGCAGAAACUCAGCCAACGGAAAUGGAAAGUCAAACGAUGAGGACGACACCGAAUGCGACUUCGGCUACCAAGUUCUGGCCAAGGCGACCAGCAACGGCGGGGAGGACGAGCUGAAGAUAACCAUAGCCACGGCAUCGGCCAGCAGCUCGGCAAUGAGCACGAACACAGUGAACACAUACACGACGGCCAUGACAAGCACAGGGGCGCCCAUACUAACACCCAGCCUGGGCGUGGCUACUCCACCGAAUCUGAUCUCCCCUGGAAGCAGCACCGGUAUGGGUCCUCAUAACCAUAGCAGCAACAGCAACGGGAGCCUCAACUGUGCCGCAGUGGCUCCCCUCAGUGCCCAGACGCCGCCUGCCAGCACGAGCUGCAAUAGCGCCGUGGUCCUGCCCCUGCCCGCCACCGUCAGCAAAGCCAACGCCAAUGCCCUGGGCUCUCUGGCCACUCACCCUCACCUGCCCCUCGGCAUGGGCGUGGGUGUGGGUGGACUGGCCCAGCAGAUGUUCCCACUGGCCACGCUAAAGGCGGUUGCGGCCGCCGCCGGAAUACAGCUGCCGCUCACUGUCACGCCUCCCAGCUGUAGUAACGCCAUCAAUAGCAACGUGGGCUGCCUGAUCAUCGAGCCGCAUCUGUUUGCGGCUGCCGACAACUUCAAGAAGGAGAUGAACGCAGCUGCUGCGGCCGGGACACCGCUCGGUCUCUUCCAGAACCUGGCCAAUCAGGUCCAGAACGCGAAUAACCUAAGCCUAAACCGGCUGAAUGGCAGCAAUGUACUCCCUACUGGCCUGGGAGAUCCAACACCACCACCUCCACCACCGCCCGUUACAAACGCCACGAAGGUGCGACGCGUCCAACCCUCGCCACAGACAGCGGCCAUCAAUUUAAGUUGCUCGGCUCCGGCCAGCCAGCAGCCGGCCCAAGCCAAGAUGCGCAAGAUCAGCGAGCCGCGCUUCCCCGGCGACUGGGAUGUGUCCGCCGUGUUGCAGGCCAACCGCGAGCUAGACGCCAAUACUCUCUUUUUCCUGAGUCUGGCGCGUCAGGUGCGUGCCAUGCCCAUGAAGUUCCAGUCACUCGCCAAGAUGUGUUGCAUUCGCAUAGUCAGCGACAUCGAGCUGGAGCUGGAGAACUAUGACGGCAACGGCGAAGCCCCUCCCGACGAAACGGCUGCUGCCAAUAUGAAGUACUGCAGCAUGGACACUCCACCCCCUCCGCCCACACAGGACUGAUCCAUGAUGAUGGCCCCGCAUGCUAUGGCUCCCGAGGGUUCCACGGAGCACUUUGUCUAUGUGAUGUCCCCCUCGCGGGUGGAGAGCAUGAUCGAUAUAUCCUCCGACGAGGAGACCACGUUGAACGGUGGUAGUCCCAACUCAACAAACACAAAAUGUCUGGUCAAGUGGUAGCACGGUUCCUACGAAAGCUGUAAGGCCACCGUGUCAUCCUUCAGCACAAAAAAUGCCCACCAUUCUGACACCGCUGCCGCUCCCUAAAAAUAGCCCAGCCUGUUUGCCGAGUUCCAGGAUUGGACAAGGUUGGCGAUAGCAAGUACCAGGUGAGCUGAAUGGAGGACAUCAAGCAUAAAGGUAGCAGCGGGAACGUCUAGGUGCGGCUCUCGAUGAGGAUGGCCAUGCCAACACAUGCAAGGCCCAGUGCGACGGCGACAAGUUCUCGUGAGUGCCUUCAAGGCUUCCUAUUAGGUUGCGUUUCCUACUUCGCGUGAAUGAAAUUCUUUCAAAUACCUGGAUUCUAGAGAUUUUUACCAUUAAGCAACACAAGUUUGGUUGAGAAUGGACAUACAAAUAUUAAAAGUCAAAAUGCAUCUAAA